UUUCGCUAAUGUUAACAAAUCGGGACGCAGCUACGCGCGCGCUUUUUGCGGUUUGUGUGUGUUGUGACUGCGUGUGAUUGUGUGUGUCUUUGCGCAUGCGCGUUGGUUUCCAGCGCGGUGUAGGAGCCAAUGAGGCGGAAAUAAAAGGGGCCUGUGUGAUGGCAUCUUCGACGAGUCGUUAGUUGGAGACCGAUCGACCACGGGGCAAGAUCCGUGCCUCUCUGGAAGACGACGGUGCUUCGCACGUAACUUGUUCGGACGUUAUGGAGAUUGAUGCGAGAUGGUUGGACUACGGGACAGGUGUGUGGGUGGCAUCGUGAACUGUGUUUGUAGAUCGGCUGAUGACACCGGGCCUGUUGGAUGUAAACACGAAAGCGGUUGCUUCGUCGUCGAUCGUGACAGCAAGCGUGAAGAAGGAAAUACAAGGGAGCGGGAAAGGUGGGUCCCUAGUCCAGGACUCCAGUGGCCGUUGCCGUAUGCGCAGCCUGGUCUAAGAGACCCUUCUUAAACUCCAAGUCAGCUCGACCGAGGACGGCCUCCCAAGGUUCCCUGAGUGAGGAGGACAUGUCCUCGCUGGGGGUGCGGCUCCUGCCUCGGCUGGCCGCGGUGGCCGUGUGCCUGCUGUUCUGCUACGGCAUCCUGUACCGGAACAUGAAUAGCGGCCGACACCGGCCCGACAUGUCCUGGCUCCUGGCGCAGCAGAACCUGCGGCUACUCGUGCCCAACGACUCGCAGCCGCUGCUGGCCGCGCCGCGCCACCCGUGCCCCCGGUUUCUGCUGGUCGUCAUCUGCUCCGCGGUGGCCAACGGCGCCGCCCGGCGCGCCCUGCGCGACGCGUGGAUGCGCGACGCCACCUCCCCAACCGUGCGCGCCUUCUUCCUGCUGGGGCGCACGGCGAACGCCUCGCUCCAGGAGCAAGUGCGCGCAGAGAGCGAGCUGUUCGGCGACAUCAUCCAGGCUGACUUCCUGGACACCUACAACAACCUCACGAUCAAGUCAGUAAUGCUACUCAAGUGGGUGGACAAGCACUGCCCGCGCUCCCGCUACGUCCUCAAGACGGACGACGACAUGUAUGUUAACGUGCAGAACCUGGUGAACCUUCUGCGGGCCAAGGGCGGCCGCCGCCUACUCCUGGGAUGCCUCAUCCGCGGCGCGACCCCCGUUCGCGACUGGACCUCCAAGUGGUACGUGCCGCCGUUUGUGUACACGCACCACACGUAUCCGGACUACCUGUCUGGCACCGGCUACGUCAUAUCCGGCGACGUGGUGGGCCCGCUGUUCCGGGCGGCGCUCGACACGCCUUUCUUCUUCAUGGAGGACAUCUUCAUCACGGGCAUGGUGGCACAGAAGCUGGGCCUCAAGCCCAACAAUUCGAACGGGUUCAAGUUCUACAAGCGCAAGAACGAUCCGUGCCAGUUUCGCCGACUCGUUACGGCGCAUUUAAUGACGCCCGGCGAAUUGCGUGCCAUGUGGACCAAGGUGCACGACACGACCAUCAAGUGCUCCUGAUGGUGACCGCAGGGCGCUCCUUCCCUUCGACCUCUUGGAGCGCCCCCUGUGAAAUCGAGACUGCCGGCGCCGCCCAGAAGGCGGCCGCGCUUAGCUCGUCGUCACCGGACACGUCGGUUGUGAGAGGGACAGCUAAUCGCGCAGUUCGGUUGUGAGCGGAGGACCCCGACAAACUCCGCUAGCACUGCCCGCAUCAGUCGCAGGCGGUUUGACGUCGGUCACACCUAUCGAUCUGUGUUUGUUGUCCAACGGCUAAUGGAUACGAGUAAUUUAGGUUCUCCGAGAAGCGUAAGUUAAAAUGACGCCCUCUGGUGGUUGAUGAAGGAACGUGAUUAUCGUUAGCAUGGCCUCCGAGCUGUGCCCAAUCUCGGAGGUCAUAUUGUUAGGCGAACGGUUGUGGCGCCUAUUGUGCCAGCAUUCGUAGGAGUUCCGUUCGUUUAUUGCGUUCCUGAUAAGUGUUUGUUUUCUGACAAACCUUGACCCGUGUGUGUCCCGUUGGUUCUUAUAGGUUAGAUAAUAGAUGUGGUUGCGAAUUCAAAUUUAGGCCAUAUUGAACAAAACGCGGUAGGCCAUCUUCAAGGCAUUUUUUUUUUUCAAGAGGGAACGCGGUUAGGGUGUGUCAAAAUGAUCGCCCACGCUGUGCUGCCAUCCAGGUGACUGCAGACAGCAGCAGCGAUUGUGGAGGAUACGCUGGUGAAUUUUGCUGAUUUACGGAGUGCGAAGAAUCUGCGCGCCCUCAUCUUGGCUUCGUUGUGAUGUCGCGUUUAUAUUGACGAACGGUGGUGACAUCGCCGAUGUGAUAUAAUGAAUCUAGUGCUGCACACACAUGCGCAAGCGGUGAUGCGCUUGCGCGGUGCUUCUUAGCCAGUGAUGCCAGUGUGUUCCUCUGUCGAGCUGAGCGCUUCCCAUGCACACAACUACCGGGACGAGCCACCCCGGGUGUUUUGCUCGUCGUGUACAGUGCAGCCCAUGGACUGUUAAAGAAAACACUUGAAUGUAGAAUCACCGGCUCUGCGGCCGAUGGCAUGCGCAUGGUGGCGUUGACACCUUCCCACACCUCUGUGCGGUGCAUUGGCAUAGAGUCUGCACUUGCAAUUAGAGCGCCAGCAAAGUGAUAGCCAAACAUCGUGGUGUUCCCUUUAACAGUGGACCGCACUGUACAAUGGAGGUUAUUGAAAAAAGAAAAAAAAACUGGAGUUGCGAACCUUGCAGCCGCCUUUCAGGAGAGGCAAUACUAGUAGCAGCCGUAUAGUUUAACACACACGAAAAAAAGUCGCAGUAUAGAGGAAGCCCGCGCCGAACGCAGGCACUUCCUUCCUCUUUUCCAAAAAGCAAGCAGGAAAAUUAUACUUUAACACAAGAAUGAAAAUGAAGCGAGUUACACCACUCGCUUUAUAUGCAAAGCGGAUUUGUAGUCAUCGAUAGUAAUUUUCCCGAUGUUCAGUCAUCACUCAGAGCCGGUAUGUGACUAAUGAGAUCCAGUCAGCCUAAUUGGAUAAUCAAAAGCCUCACAAGCAUCAGGAGAAUAUAUUUUUGCUGUGGCCCAUUCAAAGCCACGGAUAACGGUUCGCCUCCUAAGAUGGCGUCGGUCCACCUUCAUUGCGUGCACUCCAGAAGUUAUAUUUAUAGCCUCCUCGUCGUGCACAGCGGAGUCUCUUGUCUCGGAGCACCUUGGAAACCCGCUCACUCACUGCAUAAUAGAGGCCUAGGUAAAGGUGCUCCCGAAUUUUUUGUAAGUGCCAUCACUUGGAAACGCCCGUUGUGAUCUAAUUAUCGAAGUCAUUGGGCGAGGUGGGGGGAAUGAAUGGGUGUAGAGAACCCGUUUGUGUCACUCGAAUAUUUUGAUUGUGUAUAUAAUUUUUUUUUUUGAGGUAAAUGCUACUGAGAAGCACCUGGACAUUAUAGCGCGUGUUAUGCGACUGUGACGAAGGGAAGAGAAAACAUUGCUUAGCAAAUUUCCUGACGCUUCGGAUGUCGUUGUUUUGUUUUUGUGUGUUUUUUUUUUUUCGUUUAUAGGAGCAGCGCCUUCCUCAUUACCACGAUGUCUCGUUGUGACCACGCGGGCUUCGCAUGUUGGCCCAAGUUGUUUUUAUGUUGUUCCCACAAAACAGUGGCGGUGUGUAUACUCAUGCACUGUAUGCAUUUCAGCGUGUCACGAAUACAAGUAGAAAUGUUGUCUGCGUCACACACAGCGCACCACCAUGACAUGUUUGUACGUUGUUAUGAAUAAGAAACUAGAAGAUUUUAUAUAUAGAAAUGAAAAUGGAACUCAAAUUUUUGUCUUGGGGGUUUCUUUCCAUGACACGCAACCUUCGCAUCG